AUGUCGAGCCUUGGUAGCGUCAAGCUCUACGGAGACGCUCGAGCAACGAGUGAACAUGUACAGAGUGGAAUCCCUGCCGUAGUUCAACCCACGCGAGGCGAGCCAGUAAUCCACGACAUCUUCGAGACCAAAACUAGCACGUGGCAGUACAUUGUAGCCGACCCGGCCACGCUCACGGCCGUCAUCAUCGACCCGGUGCUAGACUACGACCCCACCACGCAGGUCAUCGCUACGCACAUGGCCGACGCCCUGCUAGCACUUGCGCGGGAGCGUGGAUACAAGAUUGACCGGAUCCUCGAGACGCACGCCCACGCGGACCACGUCACGGCUGCGUCGUACCUCCAGGAUCGGCUCGCGCGCGAGACGGGCCAUAGGCCGUUGAUUGGUAUCGGCAAGGGCAUCGUGCGUGUGCAGGAGCUGUUCAGCCGGCGAUAUGGGGUCCCGGAUGACGAGUUCCGGGGCGUGUUUGAUGUGCUUUUGAGGAUGACGGUCCGGGACCACAAGCAAGCCAACCGCCAUAUCAAGGCGGGCACGACGGAAGACGAGUUCGUGACCAUGAGGCGCGAGCGUGAUGCCGGGCUGGGUGAACCGAGGCUACUACACCAAUCGCUACAGAUGAAUAUCCGGGCGGGAAAACUACCCCGGCCGACGGACGCGAGGCAUCAGCUACUUCAUAUACCAUUGAGGGUUGGGGAAGCGAAGUGGUAG